AUGUGUUCCGCAGACAUCUUCCUCGGCCUCUUGGCCCUGCUCUUCCCCCCUCUACCCGUCUGGGUGAAGCGCGGCAUCUGCUCCGCCGACUCCAUGAUCAACAUCCUCCUCUGCCUCCUCGGCUACAUCCCCGGCCUCAUCCACGCCUGGUACAUCAUCGCCAAGUUCCCCGAGCCAGACUACGAGUACGAGUCCGUUCCCCAGCAGGACCGCGAGGGCGGCCGCGUGACGUACGUCUUCGUCCACGGCAACGGCAACGGAAACGCCCCGCACACCCGCCAGCCCCAGCAGCAGCCGCGGCCCUCGCACCACCAGCAGGGCGCCAACGUCACCUACGGCACCACGAACAACAACAACGCCGGCGGCUCCAGACAGCAGCCCCAGGGCGGCGCCGGCGAGGGCAGCAGCGACGGCGCCGUGCCGCCCAGCUACGCCCAGGCCGUUGCGGGCGACAACAAGAUUCAGACGAGAGAUUAG